AUGUCCUUUGUUGACCUCAAACACAUCCCCUGUCCGGCCGGAGACAGGUGCACCGCAUUCCAAUGCCUUUUCCAGCAUAAAGAUGACAGGGAUAAGAUGGCGGCACUUUCAGCACCAGCACCGGCACCGAAGACGUCAGCGACGUUAGUCAAGAGGUCGUCGACUGAUACCACGACGACGGAUGCAACCCAGGGUGGCCCUCGAAAACGUCUGAAAACUGUUCAAGACGUCAGAACCCCCACCGAUUCCGCAAGAACGCCUCCUCCUGUCAAAACCACCUCAAAACAAGACACAACUGCUCCGAGACCAGACGACAUUCUGUCAGCUGUCGCUCGGCCCAUAUCACCUCCGCCUUUAAAGCGCCCCUCGUCCUCCUCCACGGCCGUGAAGAAGGCCCCCAACUCCGGUCCAGUCGCACCUUCUGUCGCUUCGUCCGACCUCAAUAAGCCGUUGAUUCACUCAACGACUCCCAUCGGAUCCUCUCCUUUAUCUGCAGUGAAUCACCCAUCCAGACAGAAUACCACUACUUCAGUCACUACUCCGGCUUCUACUGCUUCUUCGCACACUCCUUUAAAAUCCAUCACAUCCAAGGCCGACUCGUCACCCAAACCUAAGCCUAGAAAACCAGAGGCUCUUACCCCUCGUUUACUCAAAUCAUCUCCGGCCAAAUUCGACAUCCGAUACAAGCUCGUACAGAUGCUACACAGCGAAUACACUCGCCUCAACAACGAACUCAAGAAAACGGCCAAGGACGCUGAAGAGAAGCAACUCAUUCUCACAGACCAGGACCUCAUCUGGAGAGUCCUGGACGAAGAAGAGACCACUGCUAUCGAGAAAGGCGCCAUCUACUCCAACGUAAUCAAGAAUAAAAUCAUGCAGUACAAAAAGAUGACAGUGCUGCAGUGGAAGGACGAGAGGGUCGUCCAAAGCCGCCAGCAAACUCAAAAGGGCCCUCACAAAAAGCCGCUUGCGUCUCCCAAAAAGAUCCUCACUGGAUUGACGCCGGCGCAAGAGGUUCGGCUCGUCCGACAGCUCAUCACCCCUAUCGACGACCUCGCUGUCCAUGGAUACGUCUCAUCUGUCCCUGCCGAGGCGGACAUCAAAAAGGCCCGUGAGGGCCUUGAGGCCGCUAAGGGCUGGGAGAAAUGCGAUCGCUGUGACAAGCGCUUUCAGAUGUUCCCGGGAAGAAGAGAAGAGGAUGGGGCCCUCGCCUCCGGCGGCACUUGCACCUUCCACUGGGGCAAAACCUACUUCCCCGAGCGCCAACUCGGCGACAGAUCCCAGCAGCCGAAGCGUUACCGUUGUUGCGGUCAGGCUGUUGGUGACUCUGCCGGCUGUCACACCAAUCCCCAUCAUGUCUUUAAGGCGUCAGACCCCAAGCGACUGGCCACAAUUCUCAACUAUGCUGAGACACCUGCAAACCCCAACGCACCUUCCGACAGAGCUGUCUGCUUUGACUGCGAGAUGUGCUACACCGUUCAUGGCCUUGAGCUAGUUCGUCUCACUGCCACGGCUUGGCCUACCGGAGAGGAGCUUUUGGACGUCCUAGUCCAGCCGGUCGGCGAGAUUAUCGACCUCAACUCACGAUACUCGGGUGUCUGGCCCGAAGACAUGGCGUCAGCGGAGCCGUGGACUGCCCAGAAAGACGACAAAGAAGACCCGACUCCUGCCCAAGCCAAGAAGAUGCCCAUUUAUAAGAAGAACAAGAAAAAGAUGAAGAUCGUUUCAUCCCCCGAGGUGGCACGCGACCUGCUCUUCUCUCUCAUCGCCCCCGACACCCCUCUUAUCGGACACGGUCUGGAGAACGACUUGAACAGCGUUCGCAUCGUACACCCUACCGUAAUCGACACUGUUCUCUUAUUCCCCCACAAGCACGGCCUCCCCUACCGUCAGGGUCUGAAGAUGCUCAUGGACAAUCUUCUCAACCGCAAGAUACAGGUUGAGACGGCCGGCAAAGUCCAAGGCCACGACAGUGCGGAGGACGCGCGUGCUGCAGGUGAUCUCGUGCGCUUUAAGCUCUCUGAGGAAUGGAAGAGCAUGAAGCUCUUGGGCUGGAAGCUGGAGGGCAACGAGUUCAUACCGCCAGGCGGAAAGGUGGACGACUUUCAGGGUCAGUUGACCGUGGAGUUUCUCGAGUCUGCUCUCUAG